AUGCUGAACUUGCCGCUGCUCCUGACCUUACUCAGUCUCCGGCAGACAGGUUACUGCUACAACAUCAACCCUGAGAAGCUGAAGGGUCUGUCCAAGGCGAGGCUGGAGUUAUCUGUGCUUAAAGAGGUCAAGGCCUUUAUAGAAGAAGAUCUUCCUCUUUACCACAAUCUGCUACUAAGGUAUUCGUCGGGAUCACAUCCAGAGCUCGUCCUCCUCAACUACGUGUACGUGGAACUGGAUCGGAUUCCGAUCAAUCAGAUGUCACAGGAAGAGAUUAAUGAGUUGCUGCAGGACCUGGGCUUUUUCAAGAAGAGGAACAUUGAUGACCUGGUGCCAGAGGACAUGUACUUCUCUCCUCUCCGAGGUCUGCCCAACCCCCGCCCCAGCCUGCUGAAAAAAGGGCUGAAAAUAAAACGUCUCGUGAACCAGACCGAGGAUAUGAAGGAGGAUCUGUAG